AUGGUAGAUCCACCAACCUUCAGUCUCGGGUUGACAGCUUCGGAUGAGGAGAAAGGGAAUGCUUCAUCAUCUGGUGCUGAGGCAAAUGUAAAGCAUAAAGGAAAGGAAAAAAAAAAGAUGAGAAGAAAAUUGAGGCACAAGCUUAGCAUACCUAAGGUGUACGACAUUAUGCAAUUGAUAGAAGAAAAAACAAGGAAAGAUGAGAUAGUUAAGGAACUUACCGAAUGUGGCUGUGGAGGAAUGAGGUAUAUAUGUAAUUGGACAAAGAUUCCUACCUUCUUUGUGGAUUGGAUAGUAAAAAUCUUUGAAAAAGAGCACAUGUGGAUUAGACUGACAAAGACAAAGGUACUCCCUUUGAGAGAUGAUGAUGUACAUCGAGUGUAUGAGCUACCAAUGGCGGGGAAGGAAAUUAACUUGGAUCUUUGUUCUGAUGGAGCUAUAAGGAGACUAAGAAGAGAAUUAGGAUUGGGUGGGGAUAGUUCUCCACAUGUGAAGGUGAGUGAUUUGGAAAGCAAAUUGAAGACGAUCGAGCAUCCAAAAGCAUGGGUUAAAGGGGCAAUCUGUUAUAUCAUUCACAAUAUUUUGUGCCCCACUAAUCAUAGUGGUGUAUCACUACAAUAUGCACAAAUAUUAGAGGAUCCAGCCGGCAUGUCAUCGUACAAUUGGUGUUCAUAUGUUCUUCAAUAUAUGAAAGAAGGUUUGCAAAAUCCGAUUGUUGCAAAUCCAUUAGCCGACUUCCAUUUCCUCAUGAUUAAUUAUAUGGAAAAGAUGGGGAAGAAAAGCCCAUUUCUGACCGAGAGAUACAAACGACCCUCACUUCGUGAUUGGGACGUAAAGACGACAACCCAAGAUAUUCAAAAGGUCCACGACGUUAUGGGACUCGAGUAUGGAUUGACAGCCAGUGUAACCACAUUGAACAACACUGAUGAAGUGCCACUCGUGCUAUGCUUUGAUGCAGAUACUUGUCCAUUGUCUGCGGCACCGAUGCAUCUUAAUCACUGUAGGUCCUGUAUAAUGGUCUACAAUAGAGCUGCUGAAAUAUUGGAAAGAAGGUUAGCUGAGGGUAAAGAUGGGGCAGAUGAACAAAAAGUUGGAAAUGAGCAGGCAAAUAUUGAUGAGGGAAAUGUUAGGAAACAAGGUCUAAGAUAUAAAUCAUCAACUAACAGAAGAAAAGUAAUUCCCAAUGUAGAAGAUGAGGAAGCAGAUGAUGGACAAGGACAACAACCACCACUCUCUGGUACACAAGAAACAAUAUUGCAGUAUCCACAAUAUUUUGAUGCAGGGGCAACUCCGUUAAGGACGGUGUUGGUUGAUGAAAUCAUUGACUUGAGUCAAGAGGACACUGUUAAGCCAACUAGAGUGAAGAGGAAGAAUGAAAAGGAGGAUCGCACAUAUCCUGAACGUAGACGAGCUGUGAAGAAAUCAAAGUACCUUACAAGCCCAUAUGAUACUGCUGUCUACGAGUCAACUGCAACUAAAUUGCAGAAGGAUAUAUGCACCUAUGCAUGGAGCAGUUCAAUUGAUGAGGAGGAAAUUCUCUACUACUCCAAAUCACAUGACUUCUCUCUACAACGGAAAGAGUUAUGGACUCUAAACAAAGAUGAAUGGAUCAGUUGCUUUGUUGUAAAUAGUUGGGUAAAUUACUUGAAUUGGAGGCAACGAAAAGGACAAAUGACAAGGCUUGUUACACGAUAUAUCAAUCAUCAAUACAUGGAAAGACCGGAUGCACUGGAAAUAGAGCAACCAGCUGCGUUCAAUAACUUCAUUGCAAGAUUGAAAUGGUUCAAG